AUGAAGACUGCCUAUAACGCCUAUCGAUGCCUGGCCAAGGAUCUGGAUGCUUACGGCAUGAACCCAGAGAUGACAAUGGACAGCAUUGGCAAUCUGCAUGGCGGACUGAGCCAUGACCAGGACUUGAUGAACAGCCACAGCCCCCAUCACACCCGGAACGCGGGGGCUUCUUUGCGGUUACAUCAGGAUCUGGCUGCGGCAUCGUCGCGGUCCGUCAUGGUGUCCAGCAUGGCAACGAUUCUGGACGGAUCCGGAGAGUACCGACCAGAAUUGUCUCUCCCGCUCCAUCACGCUAUGAGCAUGCCGUGUGAUACGUCCCCACCGGGGAUGGGCAUGAACGGCACAUACACCACGUUAACUCCACUUCAACCCUUACCCCCCAUUUCAACCGUUUCGGACAAAUUCCACCAUCCGCAUCACCACCACCACCACCACCAGCGUCUCUCUGGGAAUGUAAGCGGGAGUUUCACGCUGAUGAGGGACGAGAGGUGUUUACCAGCAAUGAACAACCUCUACAGUCCCUAUCAUAAGGACAUGACCGGGAUGGGUCAGAGCUUAUCCCCCCUGGCCAGCAGCCCUCUUGGCAAUGGCUUGGGCUCCAUUCAUAAUACCCAGCAAAGCCUCCACAACUAUGGCACACAUGGGCACGACAAGAUGCUAAGCUCCAACUUCGAUGCCCACACUGCCAUGCUAGCCAGGGGGGAUCAGCACCUCUCACGAGGCCUCGGUGGCCCCACGGCAGGUAUGAUGCCGCACUUGAACGGGAUGCACCACAGCGGGCACCCGGGCCACUCUCAAUCCCACGGGCCUGUGUUGGCUUCCAACCGGGACAGACCGCCCUCCUCCUCGGGACAACAAGGUAACAACUCGGGGCAGCUUGAAGAGAUCAACACCAAAGAAGUGGCACAAAGGAUCACAGCCGAACUGAAGCGGUAUAGCAUCCCCCAGGCUAUAUUCGCCCAGAGGGUGCUGUGUCGCUCGCAAGGCACCCUUUCAGACCUCUUAAGGAACCCCAAACCUUGGAGUAAACUUAAAUCUGGAAGGGAGACCUUUCGAAGGAUGUGGAAGUGGCUACAGGAACCCGAGUUUCAGAGGAUGUCGGCCCUACGGCUUGCAGGUAAGACAAGGUAUCCUCAAUAAAAACAGAUCCGUCUCUGCUGCUGGUUGCUGCCUGUCCGCCUGCCUUCCUCUGCUCGUAGUCAGGCAAUAGCCUUGCACUAAAACACAGUUCAGUAUCUAUCUAUCUAUCUAUCUAUCUAUCUAUCUAUCUAUCUAUCUAUCUAUCUAUCUAUCUAUCUAUCUAUCUAUCUAUCUAUCUAUCUAUCUAUCUAUCUAUCUAUCUAUCUAUCUAUCUAUCUAUCUAUCUAUCUAUCUAUCUAUCUCUCUCUCUCUCUCUAUCAAUCUAUACCUCUCUCUCUCUAUAUAUAUAUAUAUAUAUCUAUACCUCUCACUGCUCCGAAGCCUAGAUGAAUGAAUUUCGUCUAAAUUACAGUAGUAUUGUUAUUAUUGAUCCAUAAUAACAAUCGAUAUCAAUGACAAGGUCCAUUUUUUUUAUCUCCAAUAUUAUUUCUCUAUUUAAUAAUAAGCUAUUUAUGGUGUUAAUAUUCUGUGUUUAGUGUAGCCUAAACCUUUUGGGGGAAUUCUCUUUUAGUGACGAGCAAGUUCUUCUGAUGAAAUAUCACGUGUGGUAAUAUUUUCAUUUUUAUAUUAUUUUCUUAUAAAAAUAGAUAGAUACAACCGCUUUUCAACAUGUGCAGCGCUGAAAACAGCACCAGUCCCUUAAUUUGAAACACCCCUCAAAAUCGUAAUAAUUAUAAACAAUUUUGACGUUUGAUUUUAUGGGGGAGGCAUAUUAAUUCUUUAUAAAUGUUAUUGUAUUUUUGUAAAAAUGGAAUAGACAUAUUUACACUUGUAGUCAGCAGCUUAAGGAAUACUGUGUAAAUGCAUUGCUUGUACUUUUUCUGUGGGUGUUCUGUCAAGGAGAGGGAGAGAAACGAGAGAAAAAUACAUGGAUACAGUUUCAGACAGAGAAUGCGAAAGUGCUGUUGAGUGUGAUGAGCUUUUUCCAAUCAAAAGCCAGAGACGCGUUGAAAACGGGGAAAAUACAUGUAUGGUUGGCGUCUAGUAAGGCUGGUGCCCCCUCUAGCGAGAACGCGUAGAACGACAAGACUGGCUUUCUUUUGUUCCGGCAAUGCGAGAAAAAAAAAUUACCCUCUCUUCCACCGUUGGUUCCCUUUCAUAAUUUAUUGUGGAUUGUAUUUACUAAGGUUUCUCGUUUUUCUUUUAGUUCACUGUUCUCAAGGUCCUCAAAUUAUAUUGUUUAAAUAUGUAGUAGACUAUAUUGAAGCAAAAAAAACAUGGACUAUUAUUUCAGGAAAGGCUAUUUAUUUAUUCUUCACUGAUUAAUAACUCGAUAUAGCAAAGUCAUCCUAAAUGUUAACUAUUACAGGCGUAUAGGCUGAACAUUUGUGUUCACAAGUAUAGUGUGGAAAGUUGACUGUUUUGUCUAAAUCUAAGGGGAUUUUGCCUGAUUGAAAUGAGACUUAGAGAGGAAGAUAGACCAGAGGCGAAUAGUGGAUCCAUUUAUCUAAUUAUGCGCAUUUUCUAAAAGGGCAUUAUCAACAAUGCAGCCUGCUAUACUGUAAGACCAAAACAACUACAACGUCAGAGAUCAUUUAUAUAUAAAUUCUUAAUGUAUUGAUCAGAAUAAGCGAUUUAUGACGAGACUAUAAUGCAAUAACUAAUACAUUUUAGUCAGUUAGCAGACGCUCUUAUCAAGAGCGACUCUGAGUAGUGAGUACUUACAUUUUAAUUUGUACUGGUCCCCCGUGGGAAUCGAACCCACAACCCUGGCGUUGAAAGUGCCAUGCUCUACCAACUGAGCCACACCGGACAACACGUUGUCUAGCAGGAAAGAUAUUGGGUUGCUCCAUAUCCUAUCUGUAAUAUAUCUCCCUUCUAUGAACAGUAAAAUGCCAGGACCUAAUGCACCAGGGCUUUGAAUCAGGGCUUUUUAAUAUUCGUAUUAGUUAUGGAACGAUUGUAGAAUAAUUGCCACCCAUUAAAUUAUCACCAAAUAUAGCUUAUCAUUGCUAGCCUAUAUGAUAGGGGAAAGGCCUUCCCUUCUUCCUAUAGCUUACAGAUGGCGGUAACUCUGCGGCCAUGCAGCUCAGGGCUUUGGGGGAAGGUAUUAUGUGAUCCGCUCGGUGCGAGGCAGCAGCCAGGGAAUUGAAAAGACGAACAGAAGCUGCAGCGCGCGGGUCUCAAUGAAUUAUUGAUAGAAAUCUCGGCGUGACCGACAGCUCGAGCACAAAACGGCACCUUGUCUCGGGUUAACCAGCUAGGCUAAAUGUGGAGCAGGGCGCGAGGCUUUUGUUCGUUGUUCGUUGUGCUGCAGGUGUAAUGAAAUAAAUAAAUAUCACGGGAUUGAAAAUGCUAAAUCAUAGAAUUAUGUGAAAUACGUGGUUGUAAUGCAAUUGGAAAUGCGUAAUGUUUUUACUGUCCAAUUAAUCACCUUAUAUAAAAUAAAUGUAUAUCGUUUGCUUACAGGCGUAUCAAUAGGCAUAUAGGCAAAAACAACCAUUGCAGUAGCUGUUGGUCGUAUACUAAUUAUUUGAUACAACAGUUUCUACGAAGGGAAUGGAAAAGCUUCAGGUGUCUUUCGCUGCAGGGUUUCAGCACAGGGAAAAUGGCCUCGUUGCGGCUUUAUUAGUUUGGUCAAAUCAAACGUGACACUUGACUCAAGCUUCUUCCACGGGCACUCACGUUGCUGCAUGUAAUCAGGCUGCGCUGGGUCCUGCCUGACAUCUCGAGGUGCCUGCCACGGACCCGACAACAUUCCCUGUUACAGCUAGCCUGGCCGACAUCAUUGAUAUACAACUCGCAGUCCAGCUGAACUAACGCGACCAAAUAAAUAAUCACAAGCGACAGGCUUCAUGAUAGAAUUAUGGACGGUUGAGAUCGACCAGGUGGAUCUUAAACCCUACUUAAGAAUUAAGGAAUGAGUGGAUAUAUAUAUAUAUAUAUAUGCACAAUAAACAAAUUAAAAGGCCUAUAAAGAAAUAAGAAACCAACAUUUCAUAAUAAUGCACCUUAACUAUAGACUAUCGAACAUUUUAUUUUGUAUAUUUAUAUAUACUAUAGGCUAAGGCUUUUAUUUAGGUGUUUAAAUAAAAUGUCGAAAUUGUGGAGAUUUAGCGAAAAAUAGCUAUGUUACAACACUAGAACAAUUUCUACAUACAGAAACAUUAUCAGUAGGCUAAUAUCUUUCCAUAUGUUGUGAAAUAAAAGGCAGUAGUAGGCUACGUUUCAUAAUGUUUCACAAUAUUCCUCUGGCGUCACUGUGAAAUGUAUGCACUCACUAACUGUAAGUCGCUCUGGAUAAGAGCGUCUGCUAAAUGACGACAAUGUAAAAAUGUAAAUGUAAAUUAGACACAAACUAAAAUAGUUUUUCAAAAUCACAUGCAGCAUUAAAUUACAUAGUUACAUCUUUACUUAAAGGAAAAUUAUGUUAAUUGUAUAUACUUGGGGACAGAAAACAAAGGGAAACAUGACUAACGAACGUAAACACAAGACCAAGCUCAGACAUAAGACAAGACACAUUUUGUUUAUUGUCGCUCCUGUCUUUCAGUCGCUCCUGUCUUUCAGUUAGUCAUGCGGCUAUGUCACUUUUUCAAACAAAUCUGUUAGGCAGUGGAUCAAUGGCGAUAAUCCCCACAAGAUUAAAAGGGCAUUAAUGCUGACAACAAUAACAUAAACGUGUGGACCCAGAUCGCAUUGAUCUAUAGAACCUGAUCCGGAGCCGUUCCAGGAAUGCUGAAGAAGCAGGCGGAGUGAUACCUUCUUCCCAUCAGCGGAGCUAUCUCUGCAAGCCGUCUCCUCUCAUAACACCCGCUUCAACCUAUUCUCAGACCAAAGACUGCCCUGUCUGUUGGCUUGACAGUGCACUUUGAGAAAGACUGAACAUAAACGUGUGUGAGAGUAUUAUUGCAGCCUAAAAUCAACUGUUUUAAAAAUGUGAUAUUCCUGGUAUUUGAUGCAUAAAUUGAGUGUGGCAGUGGGCGGGUUUCCAGCUCGUACCUGUCGGUUAGGCUUGAUGUUUGAAUAUUUGCAUAUAUUCCUAGGUGCUCUCAUCCAGAAAUGGUGACAUUAUCGAUAAAUUAAUAGUCAACAAGAUCUCCUGCCUUAUUGAUUUUUUUUAUAUUUUAAAAUCCACCUUGAAGAGUGAAGUACAGUAUUUAUGUGUGGUUUCUAUCUCAUGUACACUGCAGGGGAAUCCUAAUGACGGCAUUUCAAAUGCAGUGUAAUAAUAAAUUAGUGUGUAUUUAUCCUAAUGUUGUGGUCGGCUAAAGCACACAGCGGCCUAGAGAACAGAUCACCACACCAAGCCUUUUCCCUGUGUGUCUCCUCCCUUACAGGUGCCAGUAGAGAGCACUCCGUGAUUGGGUCAAAUGGGAUGCACUGUCAGACUCUGACAACAUUGUGCACAGGGACCCAAAACUAU